AUGGUAAUGCAUGCAAGGAAACCGCAGCGAAUAAGUGAUGGGUACUUUGAGAAGCAUCAGUCCCAUCCGUAUCAGAAAUACAAUUCAAAAAGUGAAAGAAGAGCAGCCAAUGAUUAUGUCUCUUCUGAAAACCGAUACACUCCUCUUCGAUCCCCUAAUGGUAAUGUGUCCGCACAUGGUCACAACACACACUCCAGUCAAUCAGGCCACGGACACCACCACUACAGUCAUGUGGCCGAUGACAGAGGAUAUCCAUCAUCCAGGAAUGUUUACCUACAGAAGGGUUCUGAAAAGGAGAGAGAUAGAGACUACAAAUCCUCUAGAAAUAAGUAUACAGAUAGUGUCAGAUCACCGAAGGAACGUAGCAAAGACAGUGAGAGAGAGAGAAGUAAUCAUGAACGAAAUGAACCAGAUAAAAAGAAUAGGACUAGUGGCAUGAACAUUAGUGUUAGUAGGAGUAGUAAAUAUGAGAAGAGAAGUGCACCUUCAGCAAGUGUUUCUGGCCGUGAAUGGUCAGAGCAUAUUAGUUCAUCAGGGAAGAAGUAUUAUUAUAACUGUAUCAGUGAAGUGUCACAGUGGGAAAAGCCUAGAGAAUGGGACUCCAGGAGAACGUCAUCCAAAGAUUCAACAUAUUCAUCAAGAAGCAGUCGAGAUAAGAGAUCAAGUUCAAGAUCAGGCAGAAGAGAAGCUGAAAAAUCUAGUAAAAGAACGAAUAGUGCUUCGGAGAGAUACUGGAAUAGCAGUAGAGACGAAGAAGUGCACGAUCGAUCUAGACCAAAACAUUCGGCGACUCCGCACGAUGGAAAAGAUGGACAAUCAUUACAAGAUAUGGACAUCUCGCCGGACAGGAGUACGCCGCUCUCUGAGAAUUCGUAUGGAGCCAGGGAUACAAAUUCAUCCGUACGGAAUAAUGCAGAGAACAAUUCGGUUCCGCCUGUUGUUGUACUCGACAAUUCCAAUCAGCCGAGUGGCUCGUUACUAGCAGCGGCUUUACCCCGAAUUGUUGCGGUGCAGCCACAGGUGACGUUACCACCCGUCAAUAACAACGGCGCGACGGUUUCGCCAAUCUGUGACGGUACUCGCAGUGGUUCGGGAACGCCACACCGCGACCCCGGGCCACCGACACCGACACACUCUGAAAAUAUAGAUCCCCAUGCGCCACCACUACACCUAGAUACAGCGUUACCUAGAAAAAUGGAAUGUCUAGGAAGUUAUUCACAAGUGGUGGGUGGUGCACUUCAUCAUGCACCGCCGAUGCUGACGCCGUCACUCAUCAAUUACGUGCGGGCGGAUUUAACGUCACAUGUUACUGGUUGGCCAGCAGAUAUUCUAGAAAAACAGUUUACUAUUCUGUACCAGGCUAACAAGUUCACCGAAGAAGCAUAUCAGCUAGGAUGCUUGCAAUGCACACGGGUAUCCGCCGAGCUGAAGUGUUCUCGAUCACUUGUACGCCACACGGAAAUAAGGGCCACGUUACAGGAACAAAAAAUAAUGUACCUGCGGCAGCAGAUCUCACGGCUAGAGGAGCUCAAGUCGCAGAAUUCGUUCAUGUCAGAGGACUAG